AUGUCGGUGUUCCUUGACCUCAAAAUCGACGAGACUGGCUCGGAGACUACAAAGUGCGCCAUAGCCUGGCAUCGUCUUCACCCAAUCCUUGCUGUUGCUGUCUUUGACCAUCAAACAGGAGAAGGAGCAGUGCAACUGUACGCUGAAGACGGGUCCGAAUUAGAAGCGGACAUUCCGCGCAAACAAAGUGUAAGAGCGUCGACAAUCGCCUGGCAUCCGAAGCAGAGAUUUCUCGCGAUCGGCUGGGAAAACGGAGAAGUAUGUGUGUGGAACGACCACGGGCACGAGCUGCACGAACCACAUGCUCAACACAAGCGUGCCGCAUCUGGACUUCGAUGGAGCGACGGAGGAAACAGGAUCGUGUCUGUGGACUCUGUCGGGACAUGCAUCGGGUGGAAGGUCGAUGCUCGGGGGGCGCUCAGCACUGUGUUCUUCCACGAACUCCGAGAUUCCUUAACAGAUAUAGCAUUUAGAAGUCAAAUUAAAAAGGGCGAGCUUAGCCGCCUCGCCCGUGCGGCUGUGGAAGGUGAUGAAGACGCGCUCAACAUCUUCUCCGACUGGUCAGCAGUGAACAAGAACAGGAGUGAUGUGCAACCUACGGAUGCGCACGACUUUUACGUGGGAUCUCUUACGGGGGUUGUGUACUUCGUAGGAGAGAACGGCAGCUGUGGUGACGUCUUGCAGAUGGACGGCGGUGUGACGCGUCUUCUGCAUUACCCCGAGAAGGAUAUCCUGGUCGUGGUCACUGACGCGUUGGUUUUAGCUCAGUACGCGGUCAGCAGGGACGGUUCGCUGACAGAACUCAAUAGGGUGAAGCUCAGUGGACAUGGACCGCAAGUCCGGGUCAUAUGGGCUGGCAAAGGAAUGCUCGCCAUAAGCGCCGGAGAAGGAACGGGAAGGCUACUCGACUUAGACAGCUGUGAAACGAGCGUGCUUGUGCUUCCCGAUCUCGACAUGAGCGAAACGAUUACUUGCAUGGUGGCCGACAUGACAGGCACGACGUUAGCAACGGGAACAAGUAUUGGCAGAGUAGUUGUGUGGAAGCGGGUCGACUCAAGCUGGAAAGCGCUUCCGGUCACGCACGUAGACGGCCCCGUGAAAGACAUCAGUUGGUGCGACCACCGCAGAGCGCUGGGGGUCGUGAGCGGCACCAGUAUCUACGUUCUGAGCGAGCACGAGUCUUGUUUCAGCUACAGGAACGGAAGCCUUGCGGUGCAGACUGCCGCGAAGCAGGUGUUUAUUGACAACGUAAGAGCUGGAAUACAAGUGGACAUUCAGACGGAGGUACCGGUUAAGUCUUUGUUUGUGAAUGAGACGAAUGUGGCGGUGUCAAACGGGAAGAGGCUGCUUUUCUACGAAACGUUGCCGUCCAGCAGGUCUGCUAAGUUUAUUGGGGCAGUCAACACGGCAUCGUCGCUUGUAGUGUUGUACGAAAGCACGGCCUAUCUAGUUGAAGACAACAAACUAGAGGCCAGGACAUUCCAGGGAAUACUGAAGCAGACAAUAGGUCUUGGAGAAGACGAAGGAAGCAUCGUGUGCCUGGACGUCUGUGGUUCGUAUCUCACUGUUGGGUCAUCUAGCGGGCACGUCCGUGUAUGGGAUUUAAGCCAGAGAGAAGCGCGAAGACACGCAGGUCCUAAAAAUGUAAUCACUUUGUUGGCGUCCGAUGGCUCCGAGAUGCGAAUUCAUCACGCAAAAUGUAACAACAAAGGAAACAAAGUUAGUGUCUCAGCGACAACCCGGAGUGGUCAAGCCCAUCCCGUGUUACUCAUCUGGAACCUUGAUGACGAUGCCGUUCUGAAAUUCAAUUUUUCUACGGGAAAAGACGAGAACCAAGCCAGCAAUCCGGACCAAUGCACGAAACUGUGCAGUCGAGUCCCCUUGUCUCAUUACUGGGACGACGAUGACCAGAGACUUCUAGUCUGCGAGGCUAAACUCGUAGAAAUAGAACCCCACGACGAUGUUUCCAAUAGCAAAGCUGAGCCAGAAGUAGUGGUGGUGCCGUUGUUCGUGACGACAGAGCACGGUGCUCUCGUUCAGGAUGUCAUCGCGCUGGACGUGAAGAAAUUCCGAUUGAUGGGAGUCAAGUUUCCGCACUUCUUCCUUCUAGGAAACGAUGUAGAUUCUGAAAUACCCAGCACCUCAGCAGAGAGGGUUCCAAACUCUCGACACGCAUUCAGACUCACGAUGAAAGACUUUGUAGGUCUCGAAAGCAGUGACAAAGACGUGAGGGAUGCCAUCAUGACGUUCAGCUUCUACGUCACCGUUGGGGACAUGGACGAGGCCUUCAAGGCCAUCAAGACAAUCAAGAACGAAGCAGUCUGGGAGAACAUGGCCAAGAUGUGCGUAAAGUCAAAAAGAAUGGACGUGGCCGCGGUUUGUCUGGGGAAAAUGGGGAAUGCUCGUGGAGCGUGGGCUCUCAGGCAGGCCGAAGCUGAACCAGAACUGGACGCGCGAGUCGCAGUCCUAGCCCUGCAGUUGGGCAUGGUAACAGAAGCCGAGACGCUCUUGAAGGAGUGCAAGCGGUACGACCUUCUCAUUAAGCUUCUCCAAGACUCCAAUCGCUGGGAGGACGCGAUCGAAGCUGCGGAAAAGUAUUGGCGGAUCCGGUUGAGGGCUACGUAUCACGACUACGCUCACCAUCUGGAGGCGGCCGGAGAAACUGAGAAAGCGAUUCUCAUGUACGAAAAGUCGGAGACGCACCACUUUGAAGUCCCGCGCAUGCUCUUUGACGAGCCGCAAACGUUGGAGAAAUAUAUUCGAAAAAGCAACAACAAAACCCUGCUAAAAUGGUGGGCGCAAUACAUGGAAAGCAUUGGAGAGAUGGAAGCCGCGUUGCGGUAUUACGAAGCAGCGGAAGAUUACCUGUCAUUGCUCCGUGUCUACUGCUACUUCAAUAACGUCGAAAAGGCAUCUGAAAUCGCCAACGAGACGGGAGAUCGGGCUGCAUGUUUUCAUCUAGCCAGACACUUCGAAAACCAGGACAACAUCGAAGAAGCUGUUCAUUUCUUCGGCAGGGCGAAAGCUUAUGGAAACGCUAUCCGUGUUUGCAAGGAACAUCGUAUGGACGACAAGCUUUUUCACUUGGCGCUAGUAGCGGGCAAAAAUGAAAUGAUAGAAGCUGCUAGCUACUUGGAAGAACAACCAGGCGGGCUGGAGAAGGCGGUCACUCUCUAUCAGCGUGGCGGAUGGACCAGUAAGGCGGCCCAGCUAGCUCUGCAAGCGGGAGACCUCGGGGCGCUCCAGCAGGCUGCUCAAGACCUCGGACCAAACGCCGAUCGCGCACUAGUUGAGACCACAGCACAAAGACUUGUCGCCGUCGGCAAACAAGAUCAGGCUGUCGUCCUCCUUGCUUCAAGCGGGGAGCCCCAACUGGCGCUGAACUUGUGCCUGCAAUACAACGUUCCUAUAAACGAAGAACUGUGCGAGAAGCUCACGGAAGCCCAGAAAGACGACAAAGCCAAGUGCUCUGCCGUCCUCGAAAAGAUCGCGGAGGCCUGCAUGAAGCAAAAUAAUUAUCAUUUGGCUGCCAAAAAGUUCACUCAGGCUGGAAACAAGGUUCAGGCUAUGAAAGCCCUCCUCAAGUCUGGAGACACCGACAAAAUUAUUUUCUUCGCUGGGGUGUCUAGACAGCCCGAAAUUUACGUCAUGGCGGCAAAUUACCUGCAGUCGUUGGACUGGCGACAGAAUCCAGAUAUUAUGAAGCACAUCAUCACCUACUACACGAAAGCGCGAGCUUUCAAGCUCCUGGCAGGAUUUUACGGCUCGUGCGCGCAGGUUGAGGUUGAAGAGUACCAGAACUACGAAAAGGCACUCGGUGCAAUGACCGAGGCCCUCAAGUGUCUCGCCAACAACGGAGAUUCCCAAAAAGAGGUGAAUAAGUUACAAAAGGCCAUAGAAUACGUAAGGAACUUUGUCGACAUUCAGUUUUUGUAUAGAGAAAACCCGGCGGAGGCCAUAAGACAGUGUCAGGAACUUAUCAGUGCCAACCCCGAGCCCGCGGUGAGACGCGGUGACAUCUUCGCCUUUAUUGUGAGGCAUUUCGUGAAACAGAAAGACCUAGGCAGUGCCAGGAAAGCAGUGGAAGAAAUGCAGGCCUUGAUGCCGAACGCGAGUCUCACGCAGUUUAUAGACUCUGGAACGUUACGGUCGGUUUAUGAGGAUAUGAGCAUCCGGCAAACGCAGCCGGUCUCCCUCUUCGCGAAGCACGGCAUGAAGUUGAAUGGUGAUCGGGAAAGCUCAGAGGAUGAAGAGGUGGAAGAAGAUGUAGCAGCAAUAGGAGGACUGUAA